AUGUUGGUCUUUGAUCGUCAAAAGAACACUGGCGAUAUUUCGCUUUACGUAGACAGGCGGUCAUUCACGUCGACAGCUACAAAAUGGUUUAAAGCGGACGUCUUCAUCGCACAGACAAAUCCUUUUCCCGCCAACCUCGCUAACGGCUUAGCUCGGCAGACGUUUUGUCUUCUGACGUCCAUGACAGCUUCAGAAAGUCACCCUGGCGUGAACUGUGAAGCGGGCCAAGACAGAACAGGUCAUUACUUUCGCUUCUUAGCCCGAAAGAUAGACGGCUCCUGUUUUACGGUUUCUUUCUCUCGCCAUUUUUCUUCUUAUUAUUAUUAUUAUUAUUCCGUUUCUAUACGUUACUACUACCUUCUUCAUCUUCAACCCUCCUUGUUACCUUCACCUCUUCUUCCUCCUCCUUCCUCUUCAACCAUCAUCGUUACUACUACUACUACUACUGCUUCUUAUUCUUCUUUUGAGCCAUUUCAACCCACCUCCUUACCUCCUAUCUUCUUCUUUAACCUUUUUCUUGAUUCGUUACCCCCUCCUCUUCCUCCUCUUCCUCCUCCUUCAACCAUUUAUUGUUAUCUUCUUUUUCUCUCUGCACUUCUUUCAACCAUCCUCGUUAUUUUCUUCUCCUCCUCCUUCACACAUCCCUCUUUCUCCUCCUCCGGAUUCAUCUUCUGUCCACACCCCUUCAACAUUCUUCGUUGCCUCCCCCUAAAUCCCUCCUCCUCUUCUUCCUCCUCCUUUUUUUCCACAUCUAUUCUUCGUCUUCAACCAUCCUUGUUACCUCCGCCUUCUUUUUCGCUGUCUACACCCUCUUCAACCCUACUCCUCGUCCCCUUCUUCUUCUUCUUCUUCUUCUUUCCACACCCCUGUAAAGUUCUUCGUUUCCUCCUCCUCCUCCUUUUUUCCAGACAUUACCACUUCUUCUUCACUUUCUACAUCUUUUUCUUCUUCACCUUCUCCUCCUCCUUCUUCUUCGUCUCCUUCUUCUUCUUCUUCACCUUCUUCUUUUUCGUUUUCUUCUCCCUCACCUUCUUCUUCUUUUUCACCUUCUUCUUCCUCACCUUCUACUUCUUCACCCUUUUGAUCCUUCAUUUUAGCCUUUUCCCCCGACAUUCUCUUGUUAUUUCUCCUUUAUUAAACACCCUUCCUUUCACCAUAAUCUUAUUCUUUUAUUCCCUUAUUCUUUUCGUUAUUCUCUUCAACGUGACUAGCUUGUUCUUCUUCUUCUGUGUCUUUCUCUUUUCCUCCUCCUCCUCCUCCUUUUUCUUCAUCUUCUCUUCCUUCUCCUUCUUGUUUGUCUCCUCCUCUUCCUCGUUUUCUUACUUCUCUUUCUCUUCGUCCUUCUCUUUGCCUCCUCCUCCUCCUCCUCUUCUCUAUCUUAUUUUUUUGUCUUUCUCUUUUCCUCCUCCUCCUUCUCCUUUUCCUUCUCCUCCUCUUCUUUGUCUCCUCCUCUUCCUCCUUUUCCUACUUCUCUUUCUCUUCAUCCUUCUCUUUCCUCUUCUUCUUCUUCUUCACCGCCUCCUUCUUUUCCUUCUCCUCCUCUUCCUCCUCCUUAUUGUUUGUCUCCUCCUCUUCCUCGUUUUCCUACUUUCCUUUCUCUUCAUCCUUCUCUUUCCUCCUCCUCCUCCUCUUCUUAUUCUUCUUUCCUGCCCGCCACCAUUUUCCUCUUGCAGCGGCCGCUUCCUCUUCCAUUCAACUUCCCUUCCUCACCUUGAGCUUGAGCACACAGCUGCCCUUUCCACUUCCACCGUCACUUCCGGUUACCCACUUCCCUUCUCCUUUCAUGCACAGACCGAAGCACGCAUGCGCAUAGCUUGA